AUGCUAAUGCUAGAGCUUUUGAUAUUCCCGAAAACCUCAGCAAAGGUGCCAUUAUCCACUGGCGUCGGUCUCACCAGGAUUCACCACGCUAUCCGAAUAAACAACCUCGUGAAACAUUCACGUAUGUUGAACACAAAAAAACCGUUGACGAAACAAGAGGGUGAUAUCACGAUUGAGCAGAAGGGAGAAAGAGACAGCUCAAGCAAGGACGUGAAAAACAAACGACCCAGAGGACGUCCACCCAAAGGAAAAAAUGCCAAACAAGUCGUAUCACCCAAGUUACAUGGAAACUCAAACUUGCUUGAUAAAUUCACGGACGCAACAUCUUAUUUACAAUAUGCAUCCUACAAACUACUGAAACCAACUUCUAGUGUAUUUAUGGGGAAUCUAUACGAGCUCGAGGUAAAAAAUUGUCUGGAGCAAAGCUUCAAAAUACGAAGCACACUACAUCAGGGGGGGAGUAACGAUAAAGGUAUAGAUAUUAAUGCUAUCUGGGAUCCAACUUCCGUUUUCCACAAUGAAAAUUCUGAUGCCCCAAUCGAAAAGAAGACAAAGUUUGAGAUAGUCAACUCUAAGAAGGUGAAGCCAGUGUUGCAGAGGUCUAAUCAAGUAUUAAAACUUUUUGUUCAAUGCAAAUGCUUCGAUACUUCAAAAAUUGACCCCAAGUUGAUACGUGAGAUCAAAGGUUCAUGUCAAGAAUACUUCAAAAAGAACGGUAAUUCUGCAAUAUUUAUGGUUGCAUCUACAAAUGGGUUUACCAGGACCGGAAAGGAAGACUUUGAUAAGGCUCCUAUUCCUCUAAUCUAUUUUAAAUUUUCGAAACCUAGACUAGUCAACCUGAAAAAACCUUAUGAUAUUAGAAGCUGGGAAAUGGGUAACCUUGGCGGUUUGUAUUUGAAUCCACUAGCAGCUGCAUUAUUCAAAGGGCUGGAUUGGAUCAAGUUUACAAAUAAAUUACUUUCCGAGUAA